AAAGGACAGAAAGAAAAAAGUAAUUUAAACAUGUAAAGCGACCUUACAUUAGAGGAAGGGUUAAACUGACAGCAAUUAGAGAAGAAGAAUAAUAGUGAGAGUUAUUAUCAUAAUAUAAAUGGAGACAUGCACGGACCGUACAAGCAUGCACUCACAUGAUCCUACCCUUCAGUUCGACCUUCCACAACCCCAACACCCGUUCUUCAAGAAACACACACUUUACUAUCACUUCCUUCUCACCACCGCCCACCACCAUGGCUAUCGAUACCCUCCGUCGAUUCUUUCUUCCGUGUUUCUUCUCUUCCAAGCAGCAACCCACCGUCCCUUUCGCCGACCACCAUAUGCAGACCAAGAACCGCCCCUCCUCCCCGGCGUCGUCAACGUCCUCCUCUACCGCCACCUCGGCUGCCCCGCCCCGUCCCUCAAAGUCGAUGGUGAUCGGCACCAUCUUCGGGAACCGCCGCGGGCACGUGUGGUUCUGCGUGCAGCACGACCGGCUUUCCGCCAAGCCCUCGCUCCUCCUCGAGCUGCCACUCUCCACUGACCACCUCGUACGCGAAAUGCGCAACGGCCUCGUGCGCAUCGCGCUGGAGUGCUCCGACGCCGCCACGUGUCCCCUCCGCUCCGUCCCCCUCUGGACAGCCUUCUGCAACGGCAAGAAGACAGGCUUCGCCGCGCGCCGACGCGCCGGAGACCGCGUCCGCUCUAUCCUCCGCACCAUGCAGUGCGUCUCCGUCGGCGCCGGCGUCAUUCCCUCCGGCUUCUCCUCCGACACCUCCGAGGAACUCAUGUACAUGCGCGCCAACUUCGAACACGUCGUCGGCAACGCUGACUCCGAGUCCUUCCACCUCAUCAACCCCGACGAGUGCCCCGGCCAGGAACUCAGCGUUUUCUUGCUCCGAUCCCGACUCGCCGCCAUCCGCUGAGUCCGCAACGAGUCGAAAAUCUUUCCGUUUCGGCGCUUUAUUUAUUUUCCGGUACAGAAAAAAAGAAAGAAAAAGAAGUAUGACAAAAACACCUAUUGGAAAGUAUAGUUUUUCUUUUUUUCAGGGUCAUUCCAGAAAGUUAUUGGUUUUCUUGAAAUUUCUUCGGAUAUUGAUAUCUUCCCGCAAAUGUUAUUUGGGUGACCAUUGUACAUUUUGCCGUGUUAAUUUAUCGAAGUUAUAUUGACAACAUCUGUCAACAGAUAUUUUUCGACGAAGAUCAAACUUCUAUCUGAUUAUGAACUUAAAAAACAAGGUUAUUUGUUGAUCAUACAUCAUAACUAUUAGUGAUACUAGUUUAAUGGU